AUGGGGCCGACUUCCCACGGAGGCCCUGCACCCCAGAGUCGGGAUAGCUUCACCAACGGUGCCCAGGGUCAUGGCCCGCCGCCAUCGACACUGGCUGCCCAGCUGGUGGACAACAUCUCGGCGUCCACGCGAUCUUCCAGACCCGAUGAGACGGCCGAGCUCAAGAGGUUCUUCACCGUCAUCGAGACGGUCAAGAACCGACCUGAGUCGCUGAGAACACACGAAGAACGUGUCGAGCACAACCAUAUGCUCAUCUACGUGUAUGCCCGCCUGUCUCUCGAUGGUCUUAAGUGGGAUGACCCAUUUGCCGCCCCAGCCCAGCUGCACUCGGAAGCCCGAAACGCCAUCAACUUCCUGAAAAUCACCAUAAAGGAGACACCAGAUGUGCUGCUUGCUUGCAACACCGGAAACUCGUUCAUCUUCCGUGGCCAAGGGUUCUUUCAAGAUAUCUUCCUCGUAGCCUGCCAGACUGGGUCUCUGUGGCCCUUGCUCCCUGCGAUACUGGACUAUAUCCGUUCGAAUUUCAAGGCCACGUUCGACCAUGUGUUAGAGAUCAAAUCUACCAUCGCCGAGAAGGAUAUCUCUCUUAGCUUACGCCUCCCUGUAGACUCUGUUCUAGAGGAGACAGCUCCCGGGGGAGAUCUUUCUGCCCUACAGCAGCAAUGCACCUAUAGGAUCAAUACUGUCUCCCAUGCUCUCCGCCAUGCCUCUUGCCUCUUAAAUGUGGUGGCAAAUCUACUUAGCUCUCGCCAAUUGAGCAGUGCUAUGGUCUCAUCGCCGUUAGAAUGCCUGCCUUGGCUCUUGGAUUCCUGCUACGAACUCGGCGAGGCCCACGAUCUUUGGCACACGCUGUGCCCAACCAUCAUGCCCUCCUUACUCCAGACUGCCGCGCAGCUGACAACAAUCUUGUCUCUAUCUGCAAUGGCAGCGGGGCGAUUGGAUCGACUGGCGACUACCGCAGAAAAUGGCGAACUGCUCAGACAACUGUUGUGCUCCAACAUUCUGACUCUAGCUCGUCUGUCUCUCGACCAUCGUCCAGUCGCGAAACUCGUUUCUGCACAACUACUUCCAAUUCUCGAAAAGCUGUCCAUUCAUGGAGAUUUGUUGGCACCAGGAACAGAUCUCUGGAGGUGUUUCCAUAUGCUGCAAAAAGCUUCUUCUGGAUCUACCCUUACACCAACCGAAGACGACCCAAGUCUAGAUCAGUUCAAUGACCAAGACCUCCGCCAGCAGUUACGAAGGCUAAAUCUCAGGAUUCCGGCCGAAACACUGGUAGAGCCGCCAUCCAAGCGUAGGAAGACCAGCGAUAUGCCACUAGCAUUGGCGCAAGUAUUGGCGGCAUUAUGUCAAAAAUUGGGCAUCGCAGACAAAACCGAUUAUGAGAGCCUGGAGAGGAUAGCGAAGAACUCCUUUGGUCAACUAAAAGAGGCCGACCAAUGCACUGUAAUCGAUCUCGUCGGCCACGCGUGCUGUGCUGCUGACGGCACAAUGACCGUGAUCGAGGCGGAGACAGGCGUCGUCGCAAAAUUCCGAUGCUCUCAUUGCUUGGGUCAAGAUAUGGUUGAUGUUGCACCAACAUGUGCUGAACCCACUUUGAAAUCAGUCGUGUACAGGGUAUUCAAGGCACUAGUAGACAUUCCAAGCUUCAGCGAAUCGCGCCGUCCUCGUGUUCUUGCUAUGGCGACACUGAGGCGGUUGGUUCGGCACUCUAACGAUGGCGAAUUUCUCCAUCUUGAGUCCUCGAGCACCGGAUUAUGGUGCUUCAAAUCACUUCGAAGCUCAAUUCGCGAGCUGCGAAUAGCUGCCAGCCGUACACUACCAGUUUACUUGCAGGACUGCGCCCUAAACCACCCUUGCAGAGAUGUUUUGCAAAAGAAUCGGCAUUUUGCUGUGGACAUACUUCGGCACAUCUCGGAACAGAACUCUCCUGGCAUGGCUGAAACCUGCAUAUAUGCAUGGUCCCAUUUCGGAAGAGUCUUGCCUGAUGAACAAUUGAACUUGACCUUGCUAAAGCUUGUUGAAUAUCUAGGUCAUGCAAGUAUAGUCGCCCCAGCAGCGGCCUUUGAUGAGCUAUUUGAGCCUUUCUGGAGACACCUGGCUUUCCAUUCCGUGAAAGACCUGGCAUCGGCGCCGAAACUCACUUGUCUACUUGCUGAGUUGCUUGAGCUUCCCAUUCCUGAGUUCCUCAAGCUCAUACAGCGAGACGCACUUCCAUGGCUCGUCCUCCACAAGAAGAGAGAUGUCAUCCAGAAGAUCGCAGAAGCUCGUUCGGAUUUGGGUACGCAUCAACCAAUUUUAGACAAGGACAACCUAGGACCGAUCGUCGCUCUUCUGCUCGUACAAGAUGCGCCAGACGUUGCUACCCACGCAAUGGAUCUUCUUCGGCAUGCUUCGUCUCAUUUUGAUCAACUCAGUCUCGGCGACGUCGUUCUUCUGGAGCCCGUCAUGAUCUGUCUCGAGCUCUUGAAAGCUGCUGGCGAUGCAGAUGAUGAUCACAGACCCCACAUGCAUGCAGUACUCGAUCACAUGGUGAAUGUAUACCAUGCAGCAAACGGUGAAACAAGACACAAGAAAGCCAGUGCCACUAGUCUCUUUCUUAUGGACCAAGUACUUGGCCUUGUGUCGUGCUUGACGGACAUCUUUAAUAGUACUUCAACUUCUCGUUCCACUGUAGAGGAACAGAAGCGUUCCAUCAGAGCAAUGCGCGAAAUGAUACGAGUAGGCGGCAGGUCCAUCCGGAUUGCCAGACCCCAGAUUUCAGCAUGCAUAUUGUCGGCAAUAUCGCGUGACGAGCUUCGCACAGACGCGUUUUGGUGCUGGGCUGCCAUGAUCCAUCAUUUGGAGGAAGAAGAUGUAGAAGUCCUCGUCGAAACGACCUUCUUUAUCAUCAACCAUAACUGGAACUCUUUUGAUGACGCCACACGAGGACGCUCUCGUGGUGUAAUCGAGUUCUUGCUGAAGAAGUAUCAACCUCUUAUGGAGGAGUUGAUCAGUAAGCUACCGUCGCUCAGCCACAUCAACGAGCUGUCAGAGGUUGAAGCGCGACUAAACGCGCUGAGAAGUCCCGUCGACAAUAGGACUGCAUUCAAUCUUCUUGCGGAGAGAAUAUCGCACGAGAACUCAGGUGUUGUGCUACAGGCUCUGAGAGAGCUUGCUGCGUAUCUGCAAAGACAACAAGGAUACUUACAAGCUUCCGCUGUGAGUGAGCAGCCGGACUCAGUAGUGUCAAAUCUGGCACGCGCCCUUCUCGACUGCUGUUCGAGAUACGCCACAGAUCAAGGCGAUAUCAGCCGACUUUGCACUCAGAGUCUCGGUCUACUUGGAUGUUUGGAUCCAAACCGUGUUGAGACAGUCAGGGCUGAACGGCAAGUUGUAGUCGAGAACAACUUUGAGCACAGCGAGGAGACUACCGACUUUGUCCUUGUUCUUUUGGAGGAUAUAUUGGUCAAGUCUUUUCUGUCUGCUACAGACACAAGCCUUCAAGGCUUUCUGUCUUACUGCAUGCAGGCAUUACUGGACAGAUGCGAUAUCAGCGCCGCAGUCAAGCAGACAGGUCAACGAGGAAAAGAUGCCGAUCGAAAGUGGCGAAAAUGGAUAGCAAUUUCAGAGGGUGCACGGGAGAUCAUCAGCCCCUUCUUGAACUCACGUUACAGACUCCAGGCCAUGGCACAGCGGCCAACUGAAUACCCGAUUUUUCGACCAGGCAGAACCUAUGGUGUUUGGAUGAGGAACUUCACCCUUGACUUGCUUCGCAAACCACAAACGCCGUUUGCCGCUCUCAUCUUCGAGCCGCUCUGUCGCGUUAUCCGACUCAAGGAUCUGUCCAUUGCAGAAUACCUGUUUCCUUUUCUCAUCCUUCAUGUUAUUAUAGGCGACGAGUGCAACAACGAAGUGAAGAGCAACGUUCUCAAUGAACUGCUCAGCGUUCUCGAACAUGAGCUUCCGAAAGAAGCUACUUUUGCUGAGAGGGAAGAUAAGAAGCUCUACUACGAGGCUGUUUUCCGAGUUCUCGAUUACGCCAUGCGCUGGCUACAUCUCAAGCGCAGUCGACAAAAUCAGACACCAAAGGAUGCUGCAGCAAUGCAGAGUGUACAGAAAGUACUUGAAUCUGUCCCGGCAGAGUUGAUAUCGCAACGAGCGGUCGAUUGCAAAGCAUACUCGCGCGCCCUUUUCCAUCUUGAGCAGCAUAUACGUCAAGUCGAACAAGAGAAAGCCAAUGGCGGCGAUGAGAGGGAGCGAUUGCUGCAGAGGCUUCAAGACAUCUAUGCUCAGAUAGAUGAACCUGACGGCCUAGAAGGCAUCUCUGCCCACCUUCAAGUGCUCGACAUUAAUCAGCAGAUUCUGAGCCAUCGUAAGGCAGGGCGGUGGACAGCAGCUCAAACCUGGUACGAGAUGAGAUUGGCUGAGAAUCCAGACAAUCUUGACGCUCAAAUCGAACUCCUAACUUGCCUCAAGGAGUCUGGCCAGCAUGAUGUCCUCUUGAAUUAUGUUGAAGGUAUCGAGAAGCAUACGGCCAUAACUACUAUCAACCAGAUAGUGCCUUACGCCGUGGAAGCAUCCUGGGCGACCGGGAGAUGGACGACCAUGCAUAAGUUCAUCUCCAAGUAUCAAGGGGAUCUCAGUGAGAACUUCAACGUAUCUCUGGCUCAAGCUCUUCUGCAUCUACAGAAAGGCAACAAAAAGGAUUUCAUGGAGGACCUGACGAUGAUGCGGGAUCGCAUCAGUUCGUCCAUGACGUUCACAGCCACAUCAUCCUUGCAGACGUCCCAUGAAGCCAUGCUCAAAUGUCAUGUGUUGUCUGACCUUGAACUUGUGGCUGGCAUUAACAACGACGGUAGUGAGCACCCACAGGAGACUCUGAAGUCUCUCGAUCGUCGUCUGGAAGUUCUGGGAUCGUAUGUCAAUGACAAGCAGUACAUCCUGAGUAUCAGGCGUGCUGCCAUGGAAUCAAUGCGAUCUCGGUUCAACAAUUUGGACAUCUCUAAGCUAUGGCUAUCCAGUGCAAGGCUUGCGCGAAAAGCCAAUUCCUUGCAUCAAUCUUUCAAUGCUGUGCUUCACGCCGAACAGUUGGGAGACGCCAAUGCUACCAUCGAGAACGCACGGAUCCUCUGGAAACAGGGCCACAACAGGAAAGCCAUACAAACUCUGCAGAGCGCAGUCACCAGCAACGUAUUCGCUAACCACAGUUUUGCCACCGACGGCGACUCCUCAGAAAAGAAUGCCGACUCGGUACAGAGCAUGGUCACUGCCCGCGCACAGCUACUGCUUGCGAAAUGGCUUGAUACGGCUGGCCAGACACAUGCCAGUGCGUUGCGUCAACAAUAUCAGAACGUCCCCAAGAACUACGGUCAGUGGGAAAAGGGGCACUAUUACCUGGGGAGGCACUACAAGAAAUUACUGGAGUCAGAAAAGGCUCUGAAGUUAGAGGACCAGUCCGACGAGUACCUUACCGGAGAAACAGCAAAGCUCGUCAUUGAGAAUUACAUCCGUUCUCUCAAUUAUGGUACCAAGUACCUAUACCAGACUCUUCCCAGGAUCCUAACACUCUGGCUUGAGAUGGGUGCUCAAGUCGACAAGCCACCUCCGAACGCACCGCCCAAGGUUUCUUUGGCAACUGAGCUUCACCACCGGCGGCUCACCCAGCUCAACUCGCUACAAAAUUACUUGCACAAGUAUUUGCAGCGACUUCCCGCAUACAUCUUCUAUACAGCACUUCCGCAGAUUGUUGCACGUAUCGCUCAUCCCAACAAGAGCGUCUUUCAGCUGCUUGAGGAGAUCAUCCUUAAGGUUGUCGAGGCCCACCCGAAGCAGGCCUUGUGGAGUCUAUUCGCCAUCAUGACCUCGACGUCGAAACAGGCUAAUUCCGAUCGCCGGCAGCGAGGACAGCAGAUUUUGCAAAGACUCCGGGAGUCCAAGAAGAAAGCUGAAGGGGGCUCAUACGAACUAAAGACAUUGCUUCGGAUGGGCGAAAAGCUGGCGAACCAGCUGCUUCUGGCUUGCAACAACGGCGACUUUCAAAGUAACCGAACAACACAUGCCAGCAUCACGCGCGAUCUGAACUUCAAUCACAAGUGCACACCAUGCCCAUUGGUCGUGCCAAUCGAAACUUGUCUCACGGCCACCCUGCCUACUUUGACAGACAAUGUCAAGAAGCACAAAGCCUUCUCGCGGGAUGUCAUCACUAUUGAUUGUUUCCUGGACGAGGUACUGGUCCUUGGUUCACUAGCCAAACCUCGAAGGCUCACAGCUCGAGGAUCGGACGGCAAGAGCUACAUGCUUCUCAUCAAGCCCAAAGACGACCUCAGGACCGACCAACGCCUGAUGGAGUUCAACAGCAUGAUCAAUAGGUCAUUGAAACGAGAUGCAGAAUCUAGCAGGCGGCAACUAUACAUCAAGACGUACGCAGUCACACCGCUCAACGAAGAAUGCGGCAUCAUCGAAUGGGUUGAUGGUUUGAAAACUCUCCGCGACAUUCUCCUCGUCAUCUACCGAUCGCGCGGGAUUGUUCCUAACUACAACCAUCUCGCCCAGAUGAUGAAGGACGCGGCGCUCAAUGAGAAGAACACCAAGUUGUUCACGGAUGGGGUGCUCGGGAUGUUCCCGCCUGUUCUGCCGCAGUGGUUUGUUUCGCAGUUUCCCAAUCCGUCGGCGUGGUUUGCGGCUCGGCUGAGGUACACGCGUUCCAGUGCCGUCAUGUCGAUGGUAGGGACGAUUCUGGGACUUGGCGACCGACACGGCGAGAAUGUCCUUCUCGAGGAAGGGAACGGUGGUGUGUUCCACGUCGACUUCAAUUGCCUCUUUGACAAGGGUCUCACCUUUGCCCAGCCUGAGCGUGUCCCCUUCCGGCUGACCCACAACAUGGUGGCGGCCAUGGGCAUCCACGGCUACGAAGGGCCCUUCAGGAAGUGCUCCGAGCUGACGCUGAGCAUCCUAAGACAGCAGGAAGAGACUCUGAUGACGAUCCUCGAGGCCUUCAUCUUCGACCCGACGCUGGACCUGCAGAAGGACAAGAAGCGCAAACACGAGAUUGUGAAGCUCAACCCGACGAGCGUCGUGGAGAGCAUCAAGAGGAAGGUCAGGGGGCUGCUGGCGGGGGAGAGCAUCCCGCUGGGCGUCGAGGGACAGGUCGAGGAGCUCAUCAAGCAGGCCGUCAAUCCUCGAAACCUGGCGGCCAUGUACAUCGGGUGGUGCCCGUUCCUGUGA